CGGAAAAACAAGGAAGUGACAGCAAUAACAUACAACUCGAGAGACGCUUCUAGAAUCAAGAUGGACAGAAAUAUUGUGAUGGGUCGAAACAUUUUAAAUCUGUUGCUAUUGCUGUUUUCUGUGGUUCAAAUAUCGAGAGUUACAGGAUUCGUGACGACAAAGGCGUCGUCAGUGGCUAGGAAGUAUGCCAUUCAUCGGCUGUCUUCUGCGACACUGGAUUCCGUGUCUUCCGAUGAAAAGAUGGAAGAAACAAGAGAAAUAUCCAAUGCUCUAACAGAACCAGUCGACGAAGCCUUUACUCCAUAUCGAGGUGAACAGCCCAAGGAAGCUCUGAGCGAAAUAUUCGUUCCGCAGGUGUUCUCACAUUCCCUCGACGGUGUCGAGAACAUCGAAGAGGAGAAACUCUGGGUUCCACAGACAGAUUCUGUUUCUUUCCGGCCACUCUGCUUUUGUGUGUCUGGUGGAUACUAUGUUAACUUGUUGAGGGUGCGAGGUGCGGGGCUCUUGUCGAGGCACCGGCAUCCCGGACCGGUCCACGGUCAUGUUCUGAAGGGGAAAUGGUCCUAUUUGGAACACGACUGGGUCGCCGAGGCUGGUAGCUAUGUCUUCGAGCCUCCGGGUGAGAUUCAUACACUCGUAGUACCGGAGGGUGUGGACGAAAUGGUAAGAAGCGAACGAUUUGCAACCGAACGAAAUGGCAGGACACGACAAUACCAAAAAAGUUCUCGCGCUUUCGUAUACGAUGGAUUGCAAACACACCGCAUUAUCUUCUCACCAUAACAAAACCCGUUAUUUUUUCUCUGCUCGGAAGAUCACCCUCUUUCAUGUCACUGGCAGCCUGUUGUAUUGCGACCCAGAUGGAAAUGUGGUGGGUGCGGAAGAUGUUUUCACGAAGCUAGAACUUGCUAAGAAGCAUUACGAAAAAGUGGGACUCGGAGAAGAUUUUGUUCAGCAGUUUGUUCGAUGAGAAACUAGUUUUACUGUGAAUGUUUCUUGAAACCAUGGAACAAUAUGUAGGUCAAGCGGCACAGCACUGCUUGCGGGCACAAUGACGUCAAUUAUGUUCUUCAUCCAAAAAUGAUGCCAAAUUUUUACGUGGAAAACUUUGGUCACACCCAAUAUUACUGAUGAUGCAUUAUGGAUUAGAUUUCUCGUCAAACAAGGAACGAAAUUAUCUGCCCUGCCCUUCCGUGCCCCAGCACUCAGCGUCUCAAAUAUUUCUGUUGUUUCGCAAUUGAUCAUUUUUCCUGGAGCACUUGGGCUGGGCUUAUUACUACUAGCAAUAUGGUGGUAUUACUGCUUGCUUAUUAGUUAGUAUCACUAGUUUUAAACAAUUUCUAGCUUCUUGAAAGAAGAACCAAUAAUCAUUAUCUUCAUCAUGCUGAUCAUGAUCAUUGUUGUAGUGCUAGUGCUACGUCACACAAACGGGAUCCAUGGUGUUGCGCAUUUCGCGCG